GAGCUGUUCUUGCAGACAGCAGAUAAGCACUACAUGGUGGGACACAGGGUCCCUUACUACGUCUCCACCGACCAGCUGGUUGCUGUGCCCCGAGUGCCACUCUGGGAGGGCCGGAGGGUGGUGGUCGUCGAGGUCCGUGGCGUUCUGCUCUGGCAGGAUGUGUCCAUGCGGCAAAUAGCUAUGAUCAGCCGAUUCCGCGAGCAGCGCAUCCUCUGUGUCGUGGAUGACCUUGUGUGCGUGGACGUGGAUGUGGGAAUGAAGUUUUGGGACCACGUGGGCAUGGAGAUCCUGUCCCUCCUCUUUG